UAUAUAUAUUACUAAAUUUGUUUGAAAGAUACAUGGGUAAAUAGGGGUAAAAAUGCAUGAAUAAAAUAGAAAUCAUAAUUAAUAAUUAAUAUCAAACAUCACAAUCUAGAAAAUAAAAGACAAAAUUGGGGCAGACAAUCUGUACCAGGUGGGAAGAGCUCAAAGGGUGGUGUUGUUUCCAUCGCGACACGUGUCACCCAGCAGGUUACGUGCUACAGUAGCCAUGAUUUCAGAUUCAACCCUCUUAAUAGCCAUAGCUAUUUCUUUUGAUGAACUAAAGUAAUUAGCAGCAUGCAACGAAAAAGUGUAACGGAAGGAAGGAACACAUGUAGUGUGUGCUUUUGUGUGUGAGAGAGAAGAUACAAAGUAGUUCGAGUAGUUAAGAACACAUAAAGAGGAAAGAGAGGAUUUUUUUUGUGUGUGUGUCAGAGUGUGUGAUUUCAAAAUUCAAUUAUCUCUCACCUGUGCGUGAGUAUUAUUUGUUGUCAGCACUGAAACUCUGUAACAACUCUGAGUCAGCAGAUACUCUCGCUCUAGAAUUAUUUCAUUUCUAGAGAGAGAGAGAGAGAGAGAGAGAGAGAGGGGAAAUAAUAAUGAACAGUGGUGAGGAGGAAAAAGUAAAUGAGAAAAGAGGAGAAUUAUUGUUGAUGGGGGAUAAAUUGAAACGUGUGGGGGGUAAAAGUAAAAGAGAGGGAAACUCUACGCCUUCACCUACAUGGAAAUUGGGGCUAAUUCAAUUUGAUGGCAAAACCCUAAUUCAGGAUCUCAAUUUCUCCACCAAAUCGAACAAUAAUCUCUCUGCCAGGAAAUUGGGCGCCAAUCUGUGGGAAAUGCAGCCCCUCCGCCGCUCUAACAUGGCCGACAAUUUCCCUAGCUUCAGCCAUCAUCACCACAAAGACGAUGAGGAAGACGAAGAACACAGUCCCUUAAACCAGCUGAAAAAUGGCGUAAAUUCGAGAAAGCAAAAUUCACCGUCACUUACACGACACAAUCGAAGAGUCGAAAAAGUUGCGCAAGCUCAACAGCCACUGUCUACUGCUAGCUAUUGUAGUUCAAUGGAGGUGGCUCCGCAUAGACCUGCAAUCAGCCCAAACAGUUCUUUACCCUCCACCAGCAAAUUCGGGGAGUCGAGUCACAGCCUCAAAACAUCGACCGAGUUGCUCAAAGUGCUCAACAGGAUUUGGAGCCUCGAAGAAAAACACGCACUAGACAUGUCGUUAGUGAAAACGUUGAGGAACGAACUGGACCAAUCACAUGCAAGAAUUCAAGAACUGCUGCAAGAUAAGGAAACCGAACUAAACAAAAUCGAUACUUUAACCAAGCAAGUAUCGGAGUACAAAAGCGAACUCAAAUUAAAAAGAAAUUCAGAAAAGCGUCACAAAAAGCUAACGACAGAGCUUUUAGAGAUCAAGUCUUUGUUCUCUAACGCCUUGACAGAACUCGAACAAGAGAGGAAAGCUCGUACAUUGAUAGAGGACCUAUGCGACGAGUUUGCCAAAGGCAUAAGAGAAUACGAACAAGAACUACGGUUAACGAAGCACAAAUUUUAGUAAAGGACAAGAUUCCAAGAAAAGGAAAUGACCGUUUAGUCCUUCACAUUUCCGAAGCCUGGUUAGACGAACGAGCACAAAUGAAGCUAGCGGGUACUCAAAAUGUUCUGGAAAAGCAAUCAUCUUUUGAUAAGUUAAUAGUCGAAAUCGAAGCAUUUCUUCGAGUAAAGCAAUCUUCGAAAAGUGAUAUACUUUCGCGCUCUUUGGAAUCCAUCCACUUGAACGAGCCCGCAAGUGCUCCUUGGAAGGGGAACGAAGAUGAUGAUUCUGCAAGUAUUAGUCAUCAUCGUGCGCAGUUUCGUCACGCGAAUGAAACAGGGCUGUCUGAGAACGAGGAAUCGCCAGCAACGAAAAAAUCAAGAAUGGAGAAUUCAUACGGGGCGAAAAGUCUGCAAAGAUUCUAUCGGAAUAGAAUAAGUGAUGCUGACGUGGAGUUGAAGGACGCGAGAGUUAGGAACCGUGCUUUGGAAUCGGAGGAUAAGAGGGUUCGAAUAUGGGAGAGUAAUUGCCCAGAAGGUUCGUUCGAUGCGGGUGUGUUUGCGGGCCCACCGAGUCCUGUUAGAAAAUGGACUGAUCAUGAGAUAUGUGUGUCUUCUUCUCCAGGCUGGCAGAAGAGUAUGAAAGCUGAUACUUUGAAGGCAAAGUUGAUGGAAGCAAGGCAGCAAUCACGUGCCAGAAUUUCCAAAGGCUAGAGACUUUAGAUAAAGGAAUUAUGUGUAGGUUAAUUAAUUUAUAUGAGGAAUAUUCCUUUUUUUUCUUUUUUUUUUUGUAACAAUUUUGAUAUCAACUUAUGCAAUUUCUUUAUUUUAUGAUUUUUUAAAUGAAUCAUAGUGGAGAAAAUAGACUUCAAUUUUAU